AUGAUACUGUCGUGGUAUUUGUUUGCGAUUGCGGACAAUGUGAUUAAGAAGACGACGUUAUGGUUUGCGAAAUAUUUUGAUCUAGUGCCCCACAGAAAUAUGACAGAUACGGAGAUGGUUGAUGGUGUGCCAACGAAAAUCGUUAUGGUCGGUACUUCAAGUAUGUCUUUACACCAGAGGUUCUUAAAGGUCUAUGAAAUUCUGCCUGUGUCGACAGGUUUUGCUGACGAGUAUGUCCCAGUUACACCAUCGCAGGUUCGUCGUCUACGAGCUCCUGUGCUGUACAAGCGUCCUAUUGAAGAACGGGUAACACUACCGCCUGCUCCCGAAAUUGUGUAUGUACCAGUGCCAAUCCCACGUAAUCAAAAGAAGGGAAGGGGAAGUCGUGGUCGCGGACUGCAGCAGAAUCAGGGACAAAGGAACAAUGUCCGUGGCGUCAUCAAUCGCGGUUACUUCAAGGGCCGCCCCAAUACUGGACGUGGCAGUCACGUUGGAAAUGGGCGACGAGGUGGGAAAACGGUUCCAGCGGGCCACUAUCCGCCUUUGGCGAAGAAGUCGGUCAGUCAGCUCGAUCGCGAACUGGAAGAAUACAUGAAGAAAUCGAAACAUCCGAAAAUUAUCAUUUGA